CGUUUUCUUACAUUUUUAUAAGAUAAUGGCGCUACAUGUAUACCUUGUCCUGGUUUUUAUUCUCCACACGACGCAUGGAGAUGAGACACAGACCGGAAGCUGUAAAGACGUUUUACAGGGUUACUUGACGGGGCAACUUUCUUAUCAGGUAGAAUCUUUAAGGCGGGAAUUUAAAAGCUUCACCGACAUCAUUGAGGAAUCGAUGAAAAAGUUCAAAGAGGCAGUGAAUGCUAGCAUACAGAAAGGAGGUAUUGUAAAUAGAGACAUUAUCUAUACAAGAUGGGGAAAGAAAGUGUGUCCUUCAAACGCAAGAUUACUUUAUUCAGGAUUCGUCGGAGGAUCACAUUAUACUCAUUCAGGAGCAGCUGUAGAACCUCUUUGUUUACCUAGAAAUCCAGAAUGGGGGUUGUACAAGGACGGAAAUGAUGGACAUAAGGCUUACCUAUAUGGAGCAGAGUAUGAAACAGAAACCUUUACAAGUCAUUUUACUUCUCUGCAUGAUCAUGAUGUACCGUGCGCUGUGUGCCUUGUUCAAAACAGAUCAAUCGUUCAAAUGUUUCCGGCAAGGAAAACCUGUCACAAAGGAUGGAAACUCGAGUACCAGGGCUAUUUAAUGGCUGGAUAUUAUCGUCAUGCAGCGGGUAAAACAUACACAUGUGUAGACAAGAAUCCAGACACCCUGCCUGGUGGUCAUUCUAAUCAAAAUGGCUACAUAUUAUACUUCGUGGAAAGUCGAUGUGGUUCAUUGAAAUGUCCACCGUAUGUUGAGGGGAGAGAAAUAGUUUGUGCUGUCUGUUCCAAAAAAUAA